ACAGAAACAGAACACAGCUGUAGUGGGUGCAUGGUGUACGAAGCAAAAGCAGUUAUAAAAUAUCUCACUAAUUCUGACUUUUUGUACGCCUUUUAUUUGUGAGGUAAUAAUGGUUAUAAAUAAAACGUAAAAGAUAUAGUUAUUUCAACAAAUGAUAGGCAUAUUAGUGUUGAGAGAGUUCUAGUAAAUGAUGGAUUCAAGGAAAGGGCAAAUCAGUACGCAUUACGAACAUACAUCACAUGUUUUAGAGAGGAGAAGAUCUCUUUUUCCGUCAGAUAUAGAUUCAGAGGAAGACUCUGACUUGGGGCAUAUUAGCCCCCUUCAUUUUGAUUCUGACUUGGAAGAUAUUAAUUAUCUUCAACAAGAAGAUAACGGGUUGCUAUUAUCUAGAACAGAUACUAUAGAGGACUACGAUAUAUUAGGAGUAGUAGAACAUAUCCAAGGUUCUAUUUGCACUCCUAUAAAUGCAAAAUAUGCUUGUUCGGAAACAAUGUCUCCCUUAUAUAUAAGUCCUUGUAUGAAAUUCAGUGAAAAUACGGUUGUAAAUGAAACUCCUUCUAAAAUAUCCCCUAUUUAUAAACUUAAGACCCCUCACGAUACCUGUAAUACAAAUUCAAAACUUCCUAAAUUAGUCCGUAAAUCUCUUUUAGAUUCAUCAGAAAAUUCAUUAAGUAAACGACAGUUGUCCCCCCUUAAUUAUCCAGAAGAAAUCAAGAACAAGACUAAACAUUUAAAAGUAGAUCCCAAAAAUUCAAAAGUUCGCACUACCUUAUUUCCUGAAGUAGAUAUUUCACUCCCCACUAAAAGUUUUUACCCUAAAACUGAGAGUAUAAUGGAUAAAGUACAAUCGAAAAAUAAUAUAUUUAAUAAGUCUCCAGUUUUAAACAAUUCAACAAGGAAAAUUAGAACACGCAAAAGAAUUGGGCAAAUAAAUGCUGGAGUACAUCAUAAAAUUAGAAAACCCAAACAGAAAUCUUUGAAUAGGGUGUCUCUAGUUAAGGCAGCUAUAAAUGCAGUUAAUAACUCUGCUAUAAAUGAGUAUAUAAAAGAUUUGAAACAACUUAAUAUGCCUCAAAAUGAACAUAUUCCGUUAAUCGAAAAUAAAGAAAACAAAGAUCCAAGUCCAGCAUCUAAAGUUGUUGAUCAGAAAUUUUCAGCUCCUAAAUUAAUUGAAACUAAAACGUUUGCUGAUGCAUCGAAACUGGAAACAUGUAACACUAAAAAACGUCCUCUAAGCCCUAUUUCAGAACCAGAUCCUAAAAAGAAAUUUUUUAAGCUUUCAAGAGCAAAAGGUGUAGUUACAGUGAAUAAGAAUAUUAAAGUUCAAGUAGAUCAUGGCAAGAUGACUCUAAUUGAAAAAGGAAAGAAGAAGAAAUCUCAAAAAAUUGAUUAUGAUUCGUCAGACCUUACUGUAGACGAACCUCUCCUGCCUAAUAUAGACAGCAUCUUGUCUUCAUUGGAAAAUGAUAGCUGUGACAUGAAAGAAAACAGUUCGAAAUUAAUACUUCAAGCACACUGUUCUGUAUCUGCUUCAGAAAACUCUAUUUUGCUACACCCCCAGCCAGCGCAAUGUACUGCAAAUCUUAUUUUAUCACCUAUAUCCCAGAUGUGUGAUGUAACUUCGGGACUAGCACUAAACAGCCCAAAAAAAGUAAAAAAUCUUACUUCGAUCUUGAACGAAAUGCCCUCUGGAACACCUGGUAAUGUAGAUGAUGCAAAUAUUUUCGAUAAACAAAAUUCAUCUAAUGUUGUGAAACAAAAAUUGUUUCCUAUAUUCUGUAGUAGAAAUAUCGCUAUUCCUGAGAAAAAGGAGAGUAAAACAUUCACUCGUACAGCAAAAAGGUUCAAGAACUUGGAAGAAAGCCAGAUGCUUAUUGAUGCUGGUCAAAAGAAAUUUGGUGUAACCCAGUGUCUAGAAUGCAAUAUAGUUUAUCAUAUUGGUGAUCCCAGUGAUGAAAAUAUGCAUUUAAAUUACCAUAAUGCAGGACAUGUGCUGAAAUUUUCUGGCUGGAAAAAUGAAAAAGUAGUUGCUGAUUUUCAUAACAAUGGCCGAAUUAUACAAAUAGUUCCAGGUGACUCAAAAAUUUGGUGGAAGAAAGUUAAAGAUUUAAUGGAUGUAAUAAACCGCGAACUAGGAUGUUUUGAAUUGGAGUUCAGUCUUGAUCAUUGCCAGAUAUUUCUAUACAUUAAAAGUCGCAGUAUAAUUGGCUGUGUUGUAACAGUUCCAAAGACAGAAGGACACAGAAUGUUAACUUCAAAACAAAAUGAGGCGGAUAUGUGUUCUGAAGAAAAUUAUCCAAUAAAAUGUGGUAUUUCACGUAUAUGGGUGUCCCAUAAUUACCGAAAACAAGGGAUUGGUUCAGCUUUAAUGAAUUGUGUUAAGAAAAAUUUUAUGUUCGGUUACAUUCUUGAUAACAAUGAUAUAGCUUUUAGCCCUCCUACCGAACAAGGGAAAAAUUUUGCCAAAAGCUAUUUUAAAACGCCAAAUUAUUUAAUAUAUUACGUGUAAUUGUUAGGAUAUAUAUUUAAAGAAAGUGCCUUAUUGUCAGUAUUAUGACACUGUUUUUACUCGUAGUACAACUUAUGCCAUAACUGUAUAUUUAUUCUUUAAUAAUUUAAUAUAUUUUUUGUAUUUUUUUUUGGGGAGGAUUUUAUAUUAACACUAGUGAAGGAGUGGAAUCUCCAAGUUAUUAUUUUGCCAUAUUCAACAUUUAUCUAUCUAUUAUAUAUGAUAUUGAUAUAUGAUCUGUGUGUUACAACUAUUUAUUUUUGUAGGAAGAGAGUAUUUUUAUAUUGUAA